UGCUUCGACCUGAAUCUGCACAGACCAAUUAUUGCUAUCGUUUGACGAUAGGACGUUUCAUUGUGCGACCGGUAUCAUCGGGGAGGUUCGCUUUCCACACAGAUCGAACGGUUCACCAGCGAGAUGAGAUCGCUCGCUGUCGCGCUAUUGGCGGUCAUUGGUACGUGUCGCUCGGCCCGACUAGACAACACUUACCUUCCCCCGGGCAAUGCGGGCACAGCAGGAGGUGCAGGAUUGAUACAAGCUCCGAGUCGUGGCCAUGGUGGUCCUGGAGGACCCGGAGGACCUGGUAGACCAGGAGGACCAGGAGGACCAGGUGGACCAGGUGGACCAGGUGGACCUAGUGGUCCUGGUGCAUAUGGCGGUGGUGGCGGAGGAGGCAGUCCCUACGGCGGCGGUGGCGGAGGAGGUGGUCCCUUUGGCGGCGGUGGAGGUGGUGGUACUUUUGGCAGCGGCGCUGGAGGUGCCUACGGAGGACCCAGUGGAGGCGGUGGGGGUGGACCAAGAGGAGGACCCGGAGCAGGCCAAGAGAUACCUAUCGUCUCGUUCAACAAUCAGAAUAGCGGUGAUGGCAACUACCAAUUCAGCUACGAAACAGGAAAUGGUAUCAGUGCGCAAGAAACGGGUCAACUGCAAGGUAACUCGGAAACAGUGAGCGGAUCAUACUCAUACACCGGACCUGACGGUGUACAGUAUAGCAUCACUUACACCGCGGAUGAAGAAGGUUUCCAUCCUCAGGGCGCACAUUUGCCGACACCGCCUCCGAUUCCGCCGGAAAUUCAACGAGGCGUUGAGUUAGCAUUGGCAGCUGAGGCCAGAGGUGAAAAUCAGGAUACUUCCGGUGGUGGUGGCGGCGGUGGCGGAGGCGGAUAUCCUUCAGGGGGUGGAUAUACCGGCGGAGGUGCUGGUGGUGGCGGAGGCGGAUAUCCUUCAGGGGGUGGAUAUACCGGCGGAGGUGCUGGUGGUGGCGGUGGUGGUGGUGGUGGAGGUGGAGGUGAUCGAGGAGGAGGCGGCAGCGGUGGAUCUUAUCAGGGUCCAAACUCGUACCAAACAAGCUCGGGCGGAUACCAUUACUAGACGACACCGCACAAGUCAUUACGUAUUACACGAUCAGUCUUGUUCCAUUGCAGUAAUAUCGUUUAAAGGCGGACGUAUGUACAUAAGAAUAUAUCAUUUAUGUAACUUUUUUAUUUAUAUAAAAAAUGAGAAUUUUA